AUGGCCUUCGCCCCGCGACCUGGCUGCCCACUCUGUAGUAUCGUCGCCGCAGGAACGUCGAACAAGGAUGUCGUGUGGCGAGAUGGGACUUUCACUGCGUACCGUGAGACGGCGUACCCGGUAUCAAGCACAGGGCACAUCGUCUUUGCGUUCAACCUGCAUGUCCCCUCAAUCUACAUGCUCUCCUCAAGCGACCUCCCCCUCCUCGUCAACCUCCGUAACAUCGCCAACCGGCUCCUGAAAGACCUUGCCCCAGGCAAUACCCAACCCUUCCGGAUAGGCUUCAUCACCCCGCCUUUCAAGGACACGAAGAUCCCCGUAACUGACCACCUUCAUGCGCACGCAUACGUCGAGCCGGCAGAUCAACUGGGCUGGUGGCGCGGGGUGGCCUUCAGCUCGAUUGCGUGGUAUGCCAUUGACGAUCUUAUUGCUGAAAUACGGGAGUCCGUCUCCAACAACCGCGUCAAGUCCGGCUACCAAGAUCGCCGUCAUGCUCCUAUCGACAAAGUCCCUUCAGCAGGCGCACGACAAGGCACUGCGGACGGCAAGGACACGACCCCACCACCCGUCGUUCUCCCCGAGACCGAUAUCGAAUCCGCCACACCUUCUGCUCCUUCGCCGUCCGCUUCAAGC